AUGGAAGAAGAAACAAAAGCACUUGUUGAAGGACCAUUUCAAUUACUUACUGAAGCAGUAGAAAAACAUGGACAAGUAUUAAUUAAUUGUAGAAAUAAUAAAAAAUUAAUUUGUCGUGUCAAAGCAUUUGAUCGUCAUUUUAAUAUGGUUCUUGAAAAUAUCAAAGAAAUUUGGACUGAAAUGAAACGUGACUCAGAUGGUAAAUUAAAAGCUAAAUUAUGUCAAAGAAGCAUUAGUAAAAUGUUUUUAAGAGGUGAUUCAGUUAUUGUAAUAGUUAAAAACCCAGCAGAGUUAAUGAAUAAAUAA